GUCCAAACACGCACAGGGCUCAGCUCUAUAGUGCUACUAUCGCGGUAUUCGGCAAGCUGCUACGUGCAAAGACUGCCUAGCUGGGAGAAGCUAGAUGCCGAGUCGCUGAAUCUCGAUCUUUUCGGCGACUGAAGCGCAUCCCGGCGGCAUUCUACAUCACACUGAUUCGUGCGCCGUCUGGACCACCUUGGCUCUGGCCAUAAGCCGCCUGUUAAAACAAUGUGGCCCUUAGGUGGGCCAGACAGGCCUCCCAUCGAAUGUCUUGCCAACCUUAAGGUUGCCUUGCGGUCAAUGCACUCUGCAGUCUGAUCUCAUGAACACUAUAAGCUAGCAGUCGUGUCCAAAGCUGUACACUUUCUCCUCUUCUUCGCGACAAAGCUCCCAUGCGUUCCUUCUCAGCGGGCCUGUCAGAGCGACUCUCUGCAGUCUUCGCCUUCGACGACGCCGACGUUCACGUCGUUUCCAACAACAAGGUUCUCUACAAAGUUCACAGCGCAUUGCUUUCUGCGCAAUCACCUAUCCUGCGCGACCUUAUCAAAGCAAGUCCGAGGUGCUACUGCAGUCCCGUCAUCAGCCAACGCCGGCUACCUGUGGUCAUACCGCAGUGUAACAAUGGUCGUGUCCGAUCACCACACAAGCACAGCUCCAGUAUAAGUAGCACGCGCGGUGCUAUUGUACGCAAGGUGACGCUCAACGAUUCUGAGGAUAGGCUCAACUUGAUGUUUGCCCUCCUCUAUCCGCAAUUCACCAGCGCUAUUCAUGCAGAGAAUGUUCGAGAUGCUCUGCGCUUAGCACUCCAGUACAAGAUUGAGAGUAUCGCCGAGGAGUGUACCGAAUAUCUUAUGACCCGUGCGUCCAUCUUUGAGCCGCUCCUCGCAGUCAGUACCUGCCAAGAAUUCAUCCAAGACAUGCCUUCACUCCGACAAGUACUUCAUACCGCAUGUCAGACAAUCUUGGAUGAUGUGCCUUGGUAUAGUACGUUUGAGCUGUGGUCCACCAUACCCUAUGCGCUCCAAGCAUGGCUCGAGAUCCGCUGGCGGAAUUACGCUCAAGUCAUCGAGCGUACAAGUGCUCCCAAUAUUCUACUAUUGCUCAAGUACGAGCACAUGCCUGCGUGUGCCAAUGCGCACGGCUAUGCCAAAUGCGAAUACCAUGCGCACGCCAUCCUUGCCGCGCGCUGGCAUACAUUAUGCAACUCGGCUAGUGCGCGUCAACGAGGCACGUUGCCACUUGCGCUCGCAACCGGCUCACCACUCGCGACGCCUCUGGUAGGUCUGCCUAAACCUUCUGAAGUGGCUGCCUUUUAUCGCGACCCAUCCAAGGAACUACUCUACCUGACGUCCGACAAGACUGGUGCGCGGAAUCCUUGUCAUGCAAGUAUUUUACGUGCAAUGCAUGCUAUUAUGGAGCGUGUCUAUGGCGAAAAGGAUGGCAGUUCGCAGUACAAAUGGCUCAGUCGGACACUCUUGCCGCAAGACAAGGAACAGAUUGAAGCAUGUGUAGAGCCAGAGGAAUACCUGGGCUCAAAACGGCGGAAUAGUACGACUCUACAAGCACCUUUGACUCAACGGUCGGAAGAUGAGCGCACAUCAGCCUCCCCGCAACGUGAACCUCCUGAUAGCUCAAACUCGUUGACGCCAAUUGAGGACCAAGUCUUGGAGACGGGGAUCAAUGAAGGGAAACACUGAUGGUAAAACGGGUUGAGCGGCUACACGAGCGCGUAUAUAGAAUGUAUAAAAAUCAAAAGCAAGAGCGCCGGCGCUCUGCAGCGAAUAACAUCAAAAGUUGACUCCAAACUCUUGAUCAGAAUUGAGUCGCUCUGCCUUGUCCAGAACAAUGGUUUGACCAUUAUUCGCGACCAGCUUGACGGUAAAGUGCGAGCCUUCCAAGUUACCAGCCGGAUUGACGUAAGAGGCCAUGUCCUUGUCUAGUUUGAGGUCAAUCCAUUGACUGUCUGGCACAUCAAGGCGCUUGGCGGCCAUAGCGACGACAGGAAUAUUGUGUCCUCGUACAGAAAGGGCAGCCCAGUCAUUGUUGCUGCCUUCCUUCCAAUGCAGCUUCAGGCCUUCA